ACAAUUUACAGCUGCUACAUUACCUUAUAAUACAUUCCCUGCCUUGCAAGGUCGGCGACCUCAGAUCAUUUGCCCGCCAUUGAGCUGCUCUUUCCAUCUUCCGUCUCUCUUCCUCCAUUUCUACCUGUAAAAUGCUGCGGAACCUUCAGACACGUCGUCGCGGUCCCUAUGGCGCUUACUUUUGCGCCUUCGCUGCCGCUUCGCUGCUUCUAUUUUCAGUCUCCCUCCUUUACACUCGCCUCUCUCGCUCCCAGUCACAUACUUACUCUCGUCCCAUGUUUCCUAAAUCCCUAGGCAACAUUCUGGUCUCUGAUUCUGAUGACGACAGCGAUGUUAUUUUGGGCACUACUGCCACCGAUGAGGACAAGAUCGAUGAGCUCGAUAUUGUGGACGAGGACGUCCAAUCUAGGGCAUCUGGCGAUGAGGAAUUGGGAGAGGAUGAAGAUCAGUCUGAUCAGGUCAGGGUUUCUGGAUUUUAUUUUGACCACGUUAGUGGAGCCAUUAGGAAGGUUUUUGAUAACAAACGUUCGAUCCAAGAUUGGUCUGACGAGAAUUCUGGUUUUCCUGUCGGAUUAGGUGAAGAGGAUCGCAGUAAAGCUGCAUUUAGCUCGGAUGAUGUGCCGGUUGACGAAGAGGUGAGGAGGAAAUCAAGGGAAAUGACUGGGAUCGAGGACGCGCUUUUGUUGAAGGUGGGUGGUAGAGUUUCGCCCUUAAGAGAUGGGUGGGGAGACUGGUUCGAUAAGAAGGGCGACUUUUUGCGGAGGGAUCGGAUGUUUAAGUCCAACUGGGAAGUUCUGAAUCCGCUGAACAAUCCCAUUUUGCAAGAUCCGGAUGGUCUGGGUGUGGCCGCGCUAACGAGAGGCGAUCGAAUCGUGCAGAAAUGGUGGAUGAACGAGUUUAAAAAAGUUCCGUUUCUUGUUUACAAGCCGUCAGGUGUUACACGGAAGGUCUUUAAUACGGAAGUAGAAAACGGCAAUGUGGACGCAAGCAUCAAUCAGAGCGGGAGCCUAAAUGGUCAUACUGAUAUAAACGUAAUGGACAAUGGUAAGGAAGCUUUAAACGAGAUUAGGACUUCAGAUGAACACUCCGGUAAUAACCUUUGGAUGAUGAAGAAAGUGAUCAAUUUUGAUGAAGGUUCGAGUUCACGUUUCAAUGGCUAUAGGACCUCGAUAUCUAGGAGUACUAAGAAGGAGAAGAGUCGGGAUAGAAGCGCAGAGAACGCUGAUGUAGUAGAUGAAGCGUUUUUUACGAAGGGUGCAGGAUCUAAACCGAGGGUUAUGCCUCAUAUUUUGACUAGUAUAUAUGCAGACGGCAAGCGAUGGGGUUAUUAUCCUGGUUUACAUCCGCAUCUAUCUUUUUCUCGUUUUAUGGAUGCAUUAUUCAAGAAAAAUAAAUGUGAUGUGAGAGUUUUUAUGGUUUGGAACUCACCUUCUUGGAUGUUCGGUGUUCGGCACCAACGUGGGCUAGAGAGCGUGUUCUCGCAUCAUCAAAAUGCAUGUGUUGUUAUUUUCUCGGAGACAAUUGAGCUUGAUUUCUUCAAAGAUAAUUUUGUGAAAAAUGGUUACAAAGUUGCGGUUGCUAUGCCAAAUCUUGAUGAAUUAUUGAAGGAUACACCAACCCAUAAAUUUGCUUCCAUCUGGUUUGAAUGGAAAAAAACAAAGUUCUAUUCUAUUCACUACAGCGAGCUUGUUCGUUUGGCUGUUUUAUACAAGUAUGGUGGAAUUUAUCUUGAUUCUGAUAUUGUAGUCAUGAAACCUCUAUCCUCGCUUCAAAAUUCUGUUGGGAUGGAGGAUCAGCUUGCUGGAAGUUCUUUGAAUGGGGCAAUAAUGGUAUUUAGAAGGCACAGCCCCUUUAUAAUGGAGUGUUUGAAAGAAUACUAUUCGACUUAUGAUGAUAGAAGUUUUAGAUGGAAUGGGGCCGAGCUCUUGACCAGAGUUGCAAAGAGGUUUUCCAAAGAAGUGCCGACAGAACAGUUUGAGCUUAAUGUGCAGCCAUCUUUUGUGUUCUUUCCCAUUGCCUCACAGAAUAUCACUAGUUGGAGGCUUAACAAAGUCUUCUCACUUGAGGGAAUUAGAAAGCAGAACAGUCACAAAACAAUCUGCACAAAGAGAGGCUACAAAGAUAGCAGAUUUCAAUAUGACAGUCUAGAAAUUCUCCUUCUCAAGGAAAAUCCUCAGUUUCCAAUCUAAUGUCCUAAAAGAUAGCCACAACAUUGAGCUCUGGAAGAUGGAAUUAUGGAAACGGCUGUCUGAUAAAAAAAAUGACUUCCACGUAGUUUCAGAGAGCACUUCUUUAGUUGAAAAUUCCCCCUUCCCGUUUAUAUAAGUUCUCUCCUGCAGCUAAUAAACAUGUGGGGCCUGUCUAUUCCCUGUCUUAAGCCUCGAAAAGAACCAUCCUCUACUACAGACUUCAUAUGUCUGUUGGUUCUGUAUAUGUGGGUAGCCUUUAAAGAACUAUGGUACAAUUAAACUUCCAUGUCACUGAUCACUGUACAAAGGCUUGUCUCCGCUUAAUCAAUCAAUGAUCAAUGAAAAAAGAAAAUGAAAUUAGGUUCAAAUAAGCAAAUCUGUCAACGGUAAAAGAAGGUUUGGGAGCACAAGAUUUUGAGUGUUAUGUAUCUACCAUUUCACCACCUUGCCAAGACAUUUUAAUUAUAUCCCUGGUCGAUGAAUCUAUUCUAGUUUCAACAAAUUCUUAGAAUUUUAGGUGGGAUGGGCAUUGUAAUUCUUUCUACUUUUCUGAGUAUAAUGAUUGAUUGUGAAGUGGGUUGGUGUUCUUCCUGAUCUCCAUCUCCUAUGCUGCGUCUCACCAUGAAAACACGAUGAAAAAAAUAAAAAUGUCUAUAUGGUAUUACUUGCUGAUUUGUGAGUUUAAGAGAUCGGAUGUCUCAAGUAUGGCCUUUAAAACUUGCUGAGUUUUACUGGUGCCUUUUGAAGAUAAGUAGAACAAUCUAGGGAACGUUUGACUUAAGGGAAGGUCUCGUGAGUCGUAACUAAAUAUCAGCCUAGAAAAUUGAUUCAAGGGGAUUCUACUGGGAUUGGUUUUCCGGUAGCGGAAUCAGAAGGUUAGAAGGCUCUUUUUAAGACUUCAAUCACUCCUGUUUCUUUUGCUCCAUCUCACAGCGUUAAUAGUCCCUUGACGCAUUGAAUAAUUCCAGUUCCUCCCAAUCAGCAUUCUCUGAAUUCUACAACAUCUUUCCUGUCAAUUUAUCUUUUGCGGUUUUUUAUUCCGUGAGAAGUCUUUUUGAAGGUUUACCCUUACCCCAGACCGCCUCCACUUUUCACCUAAUUAUUUUCUUGAAUAGUUGACAAUCCUUCUGCCAUGCUUCGACAAUUUUUUAUUAGAUAUGUAGACCGGUGUUAGACCCGCUGGUGUCAUAUGGUGAUUAGAAAAUUCAGAAUUCCACCAUGGAUCAGCACUUGCAGGAGGCACAAAAUCGCAUGAAGAAGUAUUCUGAUGGUAAGCGGAGGGAAAAUUAACGUUGAGGGGACAUUGGGGUUUCUUGAAGAUUAAGCCCUAUCGUCAGACUUCGUUAGCCGAAAGGACGAAAUGAGAAGCUGACUCCAAAAUUGUUUGGGUCUUAUUGUGUUGAGGAACGUAUUGGGCUAGUGACGUACCGUUUGAAAUUUGCCUAAGGAAGCAAUGUUUCAUCUCGUCUUUCAUGUGUCUCAACUAAAGAAAGUUGUGGGCCGUGACAAUGAGAUUCAAACGGGCCCUCCUAUUCUCUCGGAUACUUUCGGGGGCUGAUGAGUUACUUGUGAGCUGGAAAUUCUUUUCCUGAACAUUGAGCUACCCGGACGAAUGGUAAGGUAUUGCUAUUAUGUUAUUCAAUAUACUUGAAAAGGGAAAAAAAAAAAAUGCACCAAAAUACAAAAGUUCCCAGUUAAAUCGAGAGGGCUGGUAAUCUCUCCCCUUUUUCCUGAGAACUCUCUACAAAAAUGCAUAAAAAGCAUGGCACUCCCUCACUCCAUUGCAUUAUCUCUAAACUAACUUGCACCCCAAUACCUUUCUUACCCUUAUACUGAAUUCGGAUGAGGGCCUAACAUCACCCCUGGGGUCACACAAACCUUGUCUUCAAGGAUGUAACCAGGAAAUUGCCCGCAUCCGGGUGGAAGUUAGUUUAGAGUGGAUGCACCAGAGUGAGGGUGUGUAGUUCUGUAUAUUUUGAUGGGGGUGGGUAGUGCCAUGCUUUUUAUGCAUUUCUGUAGAGAGUUUUCAGGAAAAAGGGGAGAAAUUUUACCAGCCCUCUCAAUUUGGCUGGGAGAUUUUGUAUUGCCUUGGUGCAUUUUUUUUUCCUUUUCCAAGUAUAUUGAAUAACGUAAGAGCAAUACCUUUACCAUUGGAUUAUUCAACUACUUAACCACUCACAUUUUUAAGGGAUUUUUAGGAUGUCUUUCUAUAUAUAUAUAUAUAUAUA